GGAGCCUAGACUAGUGUACUGUACAUGUGCCCGCUUGCAUCAGCCGGAGUCAGGCUGAUCUCAACUACUGCUCUACCCAGUAAAUUCCCAGUCCUUCCUGCUUCCAACUGUCUAGCCACCCAGGGACACUUUCUCGCCCAGCCAUGUCUUUCGAUCGCUUAGAUUCGCUAGAGUCGCAGCCUACGACUCUGCGCCGCGCAGAUGACCCACACUAUCGUGAUGACCCUGAGUUUGACCGCUUGACUGAGAGUCUCUCCAACCGCCUCUUUACCCUCACCUCAAACAUCACUCGUUUAUCAGACCAGAUCGCUCUUCUGGGUACGCGUCGAGACACCGAGCGGGUGCGCGAACGGGUUCACAACCUAUUGGAGCAGACCCGUGUGGGUUUUAAGGAUGUAGGGGAGGGGAUCAAGAAAGUAACUACGUGGGAAGACGUCAAUCCUUCUCAAAAAUGGACCCAGCAGAAGCUCUCUUCCGAAUUUAGAGCUACAUUGGAGGAAUUCCAGACCGUCCAGCGUCGUGCCCUGGAGAAGCAGCGAGCGUCUGCAGUGGCUGCUCGCACAGCCGUGGAAGACGGCGAGCAUGCGGCCGAAGAUGGCUUCCAGCAACAGCAAGAGCAGCUUCUCGAACAACAACCUCGACUGGCGAACCAAGACGAAGUGGACUUCCAGGAGUCUUUGAUCAUCGAGCGGGAGGCGGAAAUCCGCAAUAUUGAGCAGAGCGUCGGCGAGCUGAAUGAGCUCUUCCGCGAUGUCGCUCACAUCGUCCAUGAGCAAGGAGGCCAGCUCGAUAUCAUCAGUGAAAAUGUUGAAAGAGUCGGAGAUGACACUCGCGGUGCCAAUGUGGAGCUGCGAAGCGCCAGCAGGUACCAGAAGAAUGCGCGGAACAAGGCCUGCUGUCUUCUGGUCAUUUUGGCCGUGAUCUUGCUGAUCAUUGUCCUUGCCGUGGUGCUGGGGUGAUUUUCGCCGGCUCCCGAGGCCCACCUCUAGUCUGCAACAUCGCUGGUUGAUCCAGCGUGGUUCGCAGCGUUCCCUCUCUUUUGAUGAUAUCCUUCCCAUGUACGUUUUAUUUGUAUGCGUAUGUUUCCACUCGUUUUGCAGGCGCUUGUCGUCUUCACUCAUGACUCUCUUAAUGAAUGACCGGCGCAUAUGGAGCAGAGGAUGUUUAUCUAUCUACAACGUUCGUACUGUCUUUCUAUGCUUGAUAUCAUACAUAGCUUCUGUUAUACAUGGAUUGUACACUGAAAUGAAUUUACCCAAGAGACCCGAAACUCCUUGUGUUCGCCUGUACACGUGCACCAUAAAUCAAUGAGCAGAAUGCGAUGGACUGCCUACAGUCCCGCGAACUUGCUGAACCGCAUACGGCAGCCCUCCCAGGUGUUCAUCUUAGGCCGGACG